CUGUAAACGAAAAGUUGACUUUUCGCAAAUCAAACAAAUUAUUUUGAUCGAUCCGAAGAAGUUGUUAUAGAACGUGAUGCAUAUGAUAAAAAAGGACACAAUUGUUUCAUAAUUUUUUUUGUACCAAUCUUAUCAAAUUAUCAUUGUUGACUUUACCGGUAUCAACUCAAUAAGAAUGCGCCGGUAUUAUGCCGGCACUGCACCAGGAUGAUAGAAAAAUGUGCGUUAAUAGUUCAUGGCCGGCUUAAUGCCGGUCGUUAGUUUCUAUUUAAGUAAUAUUAUAUUCAGAAGGAAUUUAUAUUCUCCAAAAAUAGUAAGCAAUAGUGAAAUUGUGGGAAAAGAAAAGUGUCUAAUUUCUUAAUUCAAAGCGAAGCCCAUUUAGUUGAAAUCUUCUAAGUGUCGAUUUGUUAUAAAAAUUUUUUAAUUCUUCUUUUCAUAUAGAUAGUACUCAAUGCUUUUUAAUUUUACAUCUUUUUUUGAUUUUAGUAUUACUCUCAAAUUCUUUUCAAUUUUUAUAACAAUUAAAAAUUUUUAAUUCUUUUCAAAUUGUGUCCUUUUUACUGGGAUUUAUCAAAUGUUAUUGGAUCCGUCGAUGAAGAGGUGGUGUGCAAGACAAGUGAAAGAUUCCAAAUCACAAUGAAAUUAUAUUCGGUUUCUGACGGUCCACCUUCUUUGGCAUGUAGGCAAGCUUUAAAAGCUUUAAAUAUAGAUUAUAUACUUGUUGAUGUCAAUUACGGAAAAGGAGAACAUAUGACUGACGAAUAUGCAAAGUUAAAUCCACAGAAAGAAAUUCCCGUACUUGUGGAUGGUGAAACUGUAAUGGGAGAAAGCAAUGCUAUUUUACAAUACCUUUGUGAUAUGUAUGACAAAUCGGGAUCUCUCUAUCCUAAAGAUCCAAAAGCGCGAGCAGUGGUAAAUCAUCGCCUUUGUUUCAAUUUGGCUAUGUACUAUCGCAAUAUUUCAGAAUAUGUUAUGGCACCUAUAUUUUUUGAUUAUGAACGAACAUCGUUAGGAUUGAAAAAAGUUAAUAUGUCUUUAGACGUUUUUGAAACCUAUAUGAAAACUUUGAAGUCAACUUAUUCUGCAGGAGAUAACUUGACAAUUGCUGAUUUUCCUUUGAUUACGGCCACAAUGUGUUUGGAAGCAAUAGAUUUUAAACUAACGCCUUGGCCUUUAGUUGAAAAAUGGUAUGAAAAUUUCAAAAUAAAACAUCCUGAUUUAUGGGAAAUAGCUGCCGAUGGAUUACGUGAAAUUGCUGCGUUUGAAAAAAAUCCACCUGAUCUUUCACAUAUGGAUCAUCCUAUUCAUCCUGUAAGAAAAAUAAAUAAAUAGACUUUUAAAAUUACAAAUAAAACAUCAUUAUCAUCAUAAGUCUAUUCUAAUGAAGAGUUUACUUUUUACAAUUUGUAUUUUUUGAAUGUAUUAAUAUCAAUAAAUCAAUAUUUCUGGCUC